GGCUCGCUCCGCCCCCCGCCGCUCGCCGCCGCCGCACCCGGGAAGCCAUGGACGCCGGCGCGUUCGUCAGCAGCGACUACUACUCCUCCUCGGGGACACCGUCACCGGUCGGCGGCGGCGGCGGCGGCGCGGACGGCGACGACGACGGCUCCUCGUCGUCGUACAUGACGGUGUCGUCGGCGCCGCCCAAGCGCCGCGCCGGGCGGACCAAGUUCAAGGAGACGCGGCACCCGGUGUACAAGGGCGUGCGCCGGAGGAACCCCGGGCGGUGGGUCUGCGAGGUGCGCGAGCCGCACGGCAAGCAGCGGAUAUGGCUCGGGACCUUCGAGACCGCCGAGAUGGCGGCGCGAGCGCACGACGUCGCCGCACUCGCGCUCCGCGGCCGCGCCGCCUGCCUCAACUUCGCCGACUCGCCGCGCCUGCUCAGGGUACCCCCGAUGGGCGCCGGGCACGACGAAAUACGACGGGCGGCAGCCGUGGCGGCCGAGCAGUUCCGGCCGACUCCCGGUCAGGGCAAUGCGGCCGCCGUGGAGGUGGCCGCUGCGCCGCCGGUGGCCUUGCCUAGCGCGCCGCAGAACUUCGAUGACCCCUACUGCAUUGUCGACGACAGGCUCGACUUCGGGAUGCAGGGGUACCUCGACAUGGCGCAAGGGAUGCUCAUUGACCCGCCGCCGAUGGCUGGUUCGUCCGCGAGUGGCGGCGACGACGAUGACAAUGACAACGGUGAGGUUAGGCUCUGGAGCUACUGAUCCACCGCUGCGCGCGUUUGAAACUUCCCUGUACAGCCUAUGGGAACCUAGUACUGGUGAAAUGUGUACCGGUUGCCCUUUCCCUUCUCAGCUUGCCGGUAAUGUUAAUGUAUCUUCCCUGCGCUUCUGAUGAAGUGUGAUCAGGAGAAGCAGAAGACUGGGGGCUUCUCAGUUUGGUAGACGGUUGUGGGGGUUUGGCGCUAGAUCAUCACCCUUGUUGCUGCAGAAUGCAUGAGAUCAGUGAUCUCGGGAGUGCUUAGAGCACUUGUGUAAUAAGCAGCGAAAACAUGUGGCUUGAUGUAUGGAUUUGCAAACUCCCUCAGUGAUGUUAUUGCUGCACAUUGAGAAUUUGAAAUGUUGCAGUGGUCACAGAUGAGAAUUAAUGCAGCUAAAACUUUAG